UCACAAUUUGUAGGUAGUACAAGAACUGAAAAAUAAUUUUUGGUUGCCAGUAUACCUGUAGUCGUUGCACUGAUCAGUCGAUAGUUUUGUGAUAAAUUAUUUCUCAAGUGAAUUAAAUUAUUAACCAUGGGACGUGAUUCUAGAAAGGUUUCAAGAGAACUUCGGAGUUCUGAAAAAAUUAAUAAGUCGCGUUCAGUCAAAAGAAAGAAUGUUUUUAAUCCGAAAACAGCCGAACGUGAUGAAAGUAUUCAGAGUACAUCUUCUAAAAAAUUAAAACAAAACACUGAAGAUGAUGUACCUGAAGACAGCAGUACUGAAUUUCGAAUAAUAAAUUUUAUUCAGGUAUUCACUGCAAUUUCUGCUCUUAUAAAAUGUAAAAAAUGUGAUGGAAAUGUAGUGUUUCAAACAGCAAGUACACGUGGGCUGGGAUUCAAAAUUGUAGUUGCAUGUAAUAACUGUGGAAAUGAAUAUAUUCCUUCCUGUUCUUUCGUUGGGCAUUCUUAUGAAAUAAACAGACGUUUCAUUUUUGUAAUGAGAAUACUAGGAAUAGGAUACGAAGGAUUGUGCAAGUUUUGCGGCCUGAUGGACAUGCCGUCUUUUUUAGAUAAAUCUACGCAUACAAUUUUACUGAAACAGAUUUUGAAUUGUAGUAAAGCCGUCGCAGAAACCUUCAUGACGAAAGCUGUGAAUGAAGAAAAGCAAGCAAUGCCAACAACUGAAAAUGAAGAUAUAAAUCAUCUAACUGUAUCGGGAGAUGGAACCUGGCAAAAACGGGGAUAUACAUCGUCAUUUGGAGUUUCUUCUAUAAUUGGCUAUUUUACUGGAAAGAUUCUUGACAUAAACAUUAAAAGUGCAUAUUGUAAGCUAUGUGAGUAUUGGAAAAAAAAAACAAAUACUGUUGAGUUCGAGGAAUGGUAUCAAUCGCAUGAAGAUGUGUGUUCUGCUAAUCAUCAAGGGUCUUCUGGGAAAAUGGAGGUGGAUGCGAUGGUCGAAAUGUUUUCGUAUUCUGAAACUAAAUAUGGAGUUAAGUAUGCCAACUAUAUUGGUGAUGGUGACUCCAAGACCUAUUCAGGAAUUAUAAAAUCAGAUCCUUACGAAAAUACAACUGUAAAUAAAAAGGAAUGUAUAGGGCAUGUCCAAAAGCGGAUGGGGAGUCGAUUACGUACGCUGAAGAGUAAACAAAAAGGUCUUGGUGGUCGAGGUAAGCUCACAGGAAAAUUAAUAGACAAACUAACUGUGUACUAUGGUUUAGCAAUACGCCGGCAUUGUGAUUCUAUUGAAAAUAUGAAAUCUGCUAUAAUGGCAACCUUUUAUCACUACGGCUCGAGUGAUGAAAAACCGAAUCAUGAUAUGUGUCCAAAAGGCGAAGAAUCUUGGUGCUCUUACCAGCGCGCUGAAGCAAGAGGAGAGCUUGAUACCUUUUCUCACGAUUAUUCUCCUUUACCUUCUGAUGUUUUAAAAGCUAUCAAGCCUAUAUACGAAGAUCUUAGUAAUGAAAAUUUACUUUCAAGAUGUGUAGGUGGAUUCAAUCAGAAUAAUAAUGAAAGCUUUAACCAACUAGUAUGGAAAAUAUGCCCAAAAACGUCUUGAUGAAUACACUAGGACUUAAUUGUGGGCCUAAUUCUCAUCGGUAUGCAGAAAGAAUGGAUGCUGCACGUAUCAAAGUAGCAGAUAAGCGCGCUAAUGAUAACACCCGAGAAGGUCGAUUGCAACGUAGGCACCAGCAAAUCGAUAUUUUGGAAGCUGCUAUGUCGGCUGAAGAGCUAUUAUAUGGUCCAGGAAUAGAUGACUCAGUAUGAAUCUCCAAGGACUUAUGAUGAUCACCGCAAAGGACUUCGGGAGGAACGGGCUCUACAAAAACAGCGAUAACUUUUUGAAUUAUUAAUUUUUUUUUUUGAAAUUUUCGUGAAGUCAAAUCGAAACGUGUUCUAAUAAAGCUAUGUUUUUAUUUUUGUCAAAUAAAGUAAUUAACUACAAAAAAAAAAUUAUUGAAAAUCAUCAUUUUUUCAUACCCCUGAG